AUGGCAAAGGUCGCCGGCGGGCCGGGGGAGGUGCAGUACGACGCGCGGCUGUUCAACCAAGAGCAGGGCGUCGCGGCGGGCUUUGGGGCGGAGGACGGGUAUGGCGUCUACGACAAGCCGCUGUUUGCAGACCGCGGAAACGCCAACCUGUUCAAGCCCAGCCAGGCGGCGCCCGACGAGGACGGCGACGACGGCGGCGCAGGCGCGCGGGGCACCGAGCGGUUCAAGGCGGAUAAGGGCUUCCAGGGCGCGGACGGCGGUGCGGCAGCCGCGGCGGGCGGCGGCGGGCGGGCGCGGGGCGGCGCGGUAGAAUACGAGGCCGCGCCGGCGGCGGAGGCGGACCCGUUUGGGCUGGACCAGUUCUUAACGGAGGUGGGGAAGGGCGGCGGCAGCAAGCGCGGCAACGCGCUCGACGGCAUCGGCAAGCGCGGCGGCAUGGCGGCGGGCGCGGGCGGCGGCGGGGACGGCGGCGGCGGCGGCGGCGGGCGGCGGAUGGACUUUGUGUCGGGGUCGGGCCGGUGA